CGGCGGUGUUUCUCCUUGCAGGUGGUGGUGCUCCUGGAAGUCCUGAGCUGGGGUCGGCUGGAAGAUGACUGAAUAUAAGCUGGUGGUGGUGGGAGCUGGUGGUGUUGGGAAGAGUGCUUUGACAAUACAGCUCAUUCAGAACCAUUUUGUUGAUGAGUAUGACCCCACAAUAGAGGAUUCCUACAGAAAGCAAGUUGUCAUUGACGGAGAGACCUGUUUGUUAGACAUCUUGGACACUGCAGGGCAAGAGGAGUACAGUGCCAUGAGAGACCAGUACAUGAGAACAGGGGAAGGAUUCCUCUGCGUCUUCGCCAUCAACAACACCAAGUCCUUUGAAGAUAUUCACCAGUACAGGGAGCAGAUCAAGAGGGUGAAAGACUCUGAUGAUGUUCCCAUGGUGCUGGUGGGAAAUAAAUGUGACCUACCAGCCCGGACAGUGGAGACCCGGCAAGCACAGGACCUGGCCCGGAGUUAUGGGAUCCCCUACAUAGAAACGUCUGCCAAAACCAGACAGGGCGUUGAAGAUGCCUUCUACACCUUGGUGCGGGAGAUCCGUCAGCACAAGCUGCGCAAGCUGAAUCCCCCAGAUGAGAGCGGCCCUGGCUGCAUGAACUGUAAAUGUGUGAUAUCGUGACUAUGCUGACUGGACCGUGUCUUGGAGAGGUUCCCACUGUGCAGAGUGCAAGGAAAGAGGUGAAGCGAAGGAAGAAGCAAACGUAUGCAGGGGAGGAGUAUAGGGGGAGGGGAAGAGGAAGAGGAGGAAGAGGACAAGGGGGAGCAUGAGCCCCUCCAAGGACUAUCUCGCACUUCACCCAAGCCUGCGGAAAACGACUUUUUUCUUUUUUUUUCUUUACCUAUCCCCUCUUCCUUUGGCCUCCUCCCACCCCGGCAACUGUACAAAGCCACAGAUUGAAUCACAGUAAAUUAUUAUUUGAUGGUCUCGACAAA